CAUAAAGUCAAAAAAUAUUGUGAAGAAACAGGAAUAAAUGACUACAUUCAUCAUUACUAUGAUAUUGUUCCAUUUCCACUUUUUCGCAUGUCCGGAUUAGCGGUAAAACAAGUAUUUUUGAGAAAUUUUUAUAAAAGUGUUUCAAUAUCUGAGAGAUUAUUUUGUUACAAUUUAAUGGGAGGAAUCGCAAAUUCAACUGUACAACAAAAUUUAAAUCAAACACCAAUGGAACCUUUCGUGAAAACAUAUUACAAUCCUAGUAAUAAUUAUGAAGUUCCAUUAACAUUUCAAUCAGAAAAUUUAACAUGUGAAAGUAAUAUGCAAACAAUUGUUCUUGACACAAACACAAAUGUUGAAACUCCAAUGGUUUUGAAGGACAAGUAUAUGAUUGAUAAACAGAGAUAUAAAGCAAUGAGACAAUGGAAACGUUUUAAAAAAGACAAACUAGAUUCUAAUUCUGAAGAAUGUUUUAUUUUGAGAGUAUUAUCCUUCAAUAUUUUGGCACAGUAUCUACUGGAAACAUAUCCAUUUCUAUACAAGGAACAUGACCCACAGGCACUGUCUUGGCAAAUUAGAAGACAGCUUCUAUUACAAGAAAUUUUAGCAGCACAAGCUAAUGUAAUUUGUCUUCAAGAAAUGCAAGAAGAACAUUUGCAAGAAUUUUUGAUUCCAUUCAUGGAAUUGGGUUUUAAUUACUUGUACAAAAAACGAACACAUGAUAAGAAAGAUGGAUUGUUGUUUCUAUACCGUUCUGAUCAGCUUAUUUUAAUGGACUAUACAAAAGUUGAGCUUUAUCAGUCGGGUAUAAAAUUACUGAAUAGAGAUAAUGUUGGAAUUAUUGCAAAACUGGCAAUUAAAAAGAAUCCUGAAAUACAAUUAGUGAUUGCUACAACUCAUCUACUAUAUAAUCCAAGACGAAAUGAUGUAAGACUGGGACAAACACAACUUCUUUUAGCAGAAAUUGAAAGGAUUGCUUUUUUGGGGAAUACAAUGGCAGGUGCCAAAUACCUUCCAAUUAUACUAACAGGUGACUUCAAUUUGGAACCCAAUUCUGGAGUAUAUAAAUUUCUUGUGGAAGGAAUGUUUGAAUACCAAGGAAAGGGAAAAAAUCUUAAACCCACGGAAUAUUGUCGAUCUUUAUCGAAUUAUCUUAUUCCUCCUUGGCUUUGCAUUACCGACAACUGUCAACAUUAUAAUAUUUUAAAACAUAGAUUACGUGGAGAAGGAACAGACAAAGUGAUGUUAGAAAAUAGCGAAUAUAAUAAUGUAGAUGGUAAUACUGCAGCAAAUAAUUCAUCAUAUUGUGAAGUGAACUCAGAUACAACUGAUGUUCAGGCGAUAGAUAUUCUGCAAGAUUAUCGUGUAUAUUUCAGUUCUGGCACCUUAACUCAUCCUUUCCAAUUUAAUAGCGUAUACAAACAUCACAAUUGUCAUGGAGAACAAGAAGCCACGACACAUCAGGAUGAAUGGAUUACUGUUGAUUAUAUUUUUUAUAGUGGAAUGGAACUUCUUGAAUCAUAUAAUUUACCCAUAGCUUCAAAAUGUAACUCUUUACCUAAGAUACCCAAUUUUGCAGUUGGAAGUGAUCACUUUUGUUUAGGAGCCACUUUUAAACUAUAUAAAAGUAAACUUUAG